CCUUCUGGUAGCCAAUAUAGAGUGUGAAAGCCAAUUUCAAUCAACCAUAGAAAAUGCCGGCCCAUGCUGCCCUUUUGUUUCAGUACUAAUCAUUAUUUGCAGCCUCAAUUUCUUCAAUUUCUGCUUCAAACAGUCUAAAGUCUUUUACAGAGGAAAUGUUAUGGAUACUGAAAGUCAUCAGCUUCACAUGUUCUUCAUUCCAUUCUUGGCCCCUGGCCACAUGAUACCAGCUGUGGACAUGGCCAAGAUGUUCGCGAUGCGAGGUGCUCAGACAACAAUAAUCACCACUCCAUUCAAUGCUUCUCUCUUCUCCAAUACAAUUCAAAGAUGCAAGAAUUCUGAUCUCGAUAUUGAUAUCAAGGUCCUGAAGUUUCCAUGUGUUGAGGUCGGGUUGCCAGAGGGAUGUGAAAACCUGGACUUAAUCACCACCCCUAAAGAUGCAAACAGAGAAAUGGUCGUCAAAUUUUGCAAGGGCGCAGCCAUGCUCCAAGAACCCCUCGAACAGCUGCUACAAGAAUUGAAACCAGAUUGCAUAGUUGCGGAUGUAUUCCUUCAUUGGACUUUUGAUGCCGCUAACAAAUUUGGAAUUCCUAGGUUCGUGUUUCAUGGGACUGGUUUCUUCUCACUUUGUGGAUUAGAAUGCAUGAGGCUAUAUGAGCCACAAAAGAAAGUUGAGUCAGAUUCUGAACCCUUUGUGGUGACUAACCUUCCUGGUGACGUCAAGUUGACAAGAAAGCAGCUGUCAGAUUUUAUAGAUCAAAGAAUUGGAGGUGACUUUACCCAGUUGCUGAUAGAGUGCAAAGUAUCAGAGCUGAAAAGCUAUGGAGUAGUUGUCAACAGUUUCUAUGAGCUCGAGGCAACGUAUGCUGAUUAUUUCAGGAAUGUUAUGGGAAGGAAGGCAUGGCAUAUAGGUCCCGUUUCGCAGUGCAAUAGGGGCACUGAAGAAAAAGCAGAGAGAGGAAAUGAAGCAUCCAUUGACGAACAGGAGUGUUUGAAGUGGCUUGAUUCCAAAAAACCCAAGUCAGUUGUUUACGUAAGUUUUGGAAGUACGACAAACUUCGCUGCUGCUCAGCUAAUGGAGAUCGCUAUGGGGCUUGAAGCGUCAGGGCAGCAAUUCAUCUGGGUUGUCCGGAAAAAGAAGAACAAGGAAGAAAAGGAGGAUUGGUUGCCUGAAGGAUUUGAAAAGAAAAUGGAAGGCAAGGGUCUGAUAAUUAGAGGAUGGGCACCGCAAAUGUUGAUUCCUGAUCAUGAAGCAGUUGGAGGAUUUGUGACUCAUUGCGGAUGGAAUUCAACCUUAGAAGGUGUAACUGCUGGUGUGCCUAUGGUCACAUGGCCAUUGUCCGCAGAGCAGUUUUUGAAUGAAAAAUUUGUGACUGAUGUUCUGAAGAUUGGGAUUGUUGUUGGUAUUCAGCAGUCGGUCAAAAUGUUGGGAAAUUUUGUGAAGAGGGAAACAAUACAGAAGGCAGUGAAGGAGAUAAUGGCGGGUGACAGAGCGCACGAAAUGAGAAAGAAAGCCAAGGCACUUGGGGAAAUGGCAAAAACAGCUGUUGAAAAGGGGGGUUCUUCUUACACUGAUUUGGGUGAUCUGAUUGCAGAAUUAAGCUUGCGUCGCCAUUCGGCAUUGAAUUAAGUGGAAGAAAGGAAAUCUUUCUUCUGUCAUUAUUUGCUUCUUCUUAAUUUCCUUUUAGUGUUUUUUCUUUUAUAAAUUCCUGUAUUAACGCUAACCUUUGGCUAGAGGGUUGUCUCAAUGAAUACUUUUCUUAUAAUCAGAGGUUGUUGUUAGAUGAUGCCUUCCAUAGCUAGCUUGGCUUAGUGCAGUUGUCUUUCACUUUCAAUGAGGUCUAUCAACAAUCAAUAAGCAGAUUUGUAUGUUAGGCA